CAAACCUCUAAAUGCUUUGGCAGCCGAACUUUUGAACGCUUUGGAAAAUUCGAUUCGGGGACAAUCGAUUAAUUUGGAAAUUAUUUUAAAAAAUUGUAAUGCUGUGGUGGAGAACAGCGACGACAAUGAACAAAAUUCAGAAAUUGUUGACGAUCAAUUCGAUUUGUCCGUUUUUAAAAUCAAACUGGAACUUCGGGAUGGUAACAGUACCAAGAACAAAUUACUUAUCCUACAAGCCUUGCGUUGGAGGUUGACAAAAUCAGAAAAUAGAACCGACACGGUAGUGAUGAUAAAGAAAUACGAUCUAUUGGAUUUGUGCAAACCCAAAGCCGAACAAGGACUGAUGAAAUGGCUGAUGAUGACAAACGGGCCACAUCCGUUACAACAAAUGAUAUCGAGACUGCUGAAUGCCCUGGCGUCAUUCAGCAGGGGCCGCAAGUAUUUGUCGGACUCUCCAUUUUUACUCCGUCUAAUCAUAACUCAACUCAUAUCUUCGCAACACUUUUGGGACACGAUAACGAGCAACAUGUUGUUGGGAACGUUACAGAAGCUCAGUAUGGGAUCACGAGUGCGAAAACGGAUGAUCGGAAACGGUCUGACCACUUGGCUGGCCGACCAGCUGGUUCGGAAAAGCGAAUUCACCGGCGAUCGGAACAAAUACGAGAUGUACGAUCUAGAAUAUAGUCUGGGGCUUUUCAUGAACCUCUGCCAAUGUCAGACGGCCGUCCGAGCUUGUGGCUCGCGAGCCCGCAACCUGUUCAAAAGCUUGGGAGUUUUCAUGACGACGUUAGACGUAGAUAUCAUGCCAUGCAUAUCCGGUAUCUUGUACAAUUUGUUCAAAAGCCCAGAUAUGAUGGUCGUGGCCAAAGAAGAAGGGAUGACCGGCAUCAUUGAAAAAACGAUCGAGAGCAACAUCAACGCGUACCCUUCGGCGGUCGAGCGGUUAGUGGAUGUGAGAAACAUGUUGUUACAAAAUGAGCAUCCGGCUUUCGAUCAGUCGUCAUCGGAUGACGAAUAUGAUUAUUUCAACGAUGACAGUGGCGACGAUGAGGAUGAUAGCAGUAAUUCCGACGAAGAUGACGAUGACAUCGACAAUUUGGAGCCGGAACUGGACGAAGACGAUCCACUGAAGAUUCAGCCCAACGGUGAAGAUUUUCUUGCCAACUACAAAACAUGUGACAACACAAAGCACACAACUUCAGAUCGAUACAAUAAUAACAAUAUAUUAUUAUGAUAAUUAAUAAUGUGUCAUUCGGCCAAAUGCCAUCGCGUGAUGAACGUCUAGGUAACUCAAUAUAUAUUCUCAAUGCACACGCAUUAUAAUAUUAUAAUAUAGGUACUAACAAACAUAAUUUUACCUCAGAUCUCGAUACGAUAUUAUAGACUUUGUUAUUAUCGAUAGGAUCGAACACGAAAAAUAUUCAAUUGGAUUUUGGUUAAGCAAAUAUAAAUUAAUAUAUUGAUAUGUUGAUACAUUUUUUAUAUG